AUGGGGAACGAAAACUCCGUGCUGGUGGACGGAAGCACUGCACCAGUAACCUUGAAAUCCAGGUCCGUCGAAGGGAUCGCUGAGUACAUUAAAGAAAAGAAUAUUCGGAGGAUUGUGGUCUUGACUGGCGCAGGCAUCAGCACAGCGGCAGGAAUCCCCGACUUCCGUUCUCCAGAUACCGGCGUCUACGCCAAUCUCGCCCGUCUAAACCUCCCGGACCCAGAAGCCGUAUUUGACAUCUCCUACUUCCGCAAAAAUCCCUACCCCUUUUAUGCCCUGUCCAAGGAGAUGUUUCCCGGACGCUAUCGGCCAACGAUCACCCACUCGUUUAUUAAGCUCCUCUACGACAAAGGUCGCUUGCUCAAGCUCUUCACCCAAAACAUCGACUGUCUGGAGCGGGCAGCCGGCAUACCGGGCGAGAUGAUCAUUGAAGCACAUGGAAGCUAUGCAUCCCACCGAUGCAUCGAAUGCAAAGCUUCAUACCCCGAAGAUUUAAUGCGCAAGGCGAUAAAUGCAAAUGAUGUACCUCUAUGUCUCGAUUGUCAGGGACUCGUGAAACCUGAUAUUGUGUUCUUUGGAGAGCCACUGCCAGAAGCUUUCUUCAUGAACCGUACGCUGACAGCUGCAGCAGACCUGUGCAUUAUUAUGGGCACUAGUUUGAGUGUACAGCCGUUCGCUAGUUUACCUAGCCUUUGCAAAGAAGGGUGUCCUCGUCUCCUGAUUAACCUCAAUAGGGUUGGCGGUCUCGGUACUAGGCCAGAUGAUGUAUUGCUAUUAGGCGAGUGUGACGAUGGUGUACUAAAAUUGGCAGAGGCGCUGGGUUGGCGGGAGGAGCUUGAGGAAUUAUGGGCACAGACAAAUCCUGAAAAAGCAGGCCUAAUGGAGAAAGAAAAGGAAAAGCCGGCUCGCUCUAAGAAUGAGCUGCUACGUGAUGAGAUCGAGCGGUUGACAGAAGAAGUAGAGCACACAUUGCAUAUAUCGCGAGCCCACGAAGACCGGGUCCGUUCAGAGCUACAGAAGGGGAAGGAGAGUGAGGUGGGAAAUGGAGAGGAUGCAACGGACAAGCGCGAACCCACACCCACUUCCCAAGAUGACGAAGAUCGAGUAAUGAAGAAGGGUAACGAGCCCUCCGAAUCAGAACAACUCGACCCUGUGCCGCAACAGGAAAGCAAGUCAGAGACGAAAUCUAGUGAUGAUUGUGCUACAAAGCAGGAGAACUCAUCCACCGCCGGCCGCGAACCUAAUAAAGAAAGUGACCAGGAGACAGAACGGUGA